CUACAUUCCUAAUUAGGUCUGUGAUAUGCUAUAUAUACACAUACCAUACCUAACUAAAAUAAUUAACUUUUGUAAACUAUACAAUGUUAAAAUAAUGAUAUGUUACAUCAGGGUAAUUUUGAAAAAAUCAUGUAUUACAAUUGACUUUAUUUACAAUUAAAAUGGAUUCCCAUGAUUUCAAUUAUUGGGGUAGACAAAUGAUUGAUUUGAUAUCAAAUUAUUUACAAACUAUUCAUAAAUAUCCUGUUUUACCAAAUGUUGAACCUGGUUAUUUAAAACAUUUAAUACCUAAUCAACCACCUGAACAAUCAGAUACAUGGACAAAUAUAUUUGAUGAUGUGAAAAAGUUUAUUUUACCCAGUCUGACUCAUUGGCAACAUCCACAAUUUCAUGCUUACUUUCCUGCAGCAAAUUCAGUACCAUCAAUUAUGGCUGAUAUGUUGUCUACAGCACUAGGUUGUAAUGGGUUUUCAUGGGUUGCAAGCCCUGCAAUUACAGAAUUGGAAAUUUUAAUGUGUGAUUGGGUUGGAAAACUUUUAAAUCUACCUGAAACAUUUUUACAUAGUAGCGGAAUUGGUGGAGGUGUAAUACAAUCGUCAGCAAGUGAUUGUAUAUUUGUAUCAAUGUUAGCUGCUCGUCAUCAAGCAAUUGAGCGUUAUAAACAUCUUUUAGAUAUGAUCAGUGAUUUAGACCCUGAAAUUAUGGUUCUCUCCAGACUUGUGGCAUAUGCAUCCACGUUGGCUCAUUCAGCUGUAGAAAAGGCUAGUGUCCUUGGUUUUGUAAAGUUACGUCAUUUACCAGUCGAUGAAAACUUUAGUAUUCAAGGUGAAACUUUACAACGUGCUAUUAAAGAAGACAAGGCUAUGGGACUUAUUCCAUUCUAUGUGUGUGCAACACUCGGAACAACAUCAUGUUGUUCAUUUGAUAAUUUAAAAUCUAUUGGACAAGUAUGUCGUGAAAACGAUAUUUGGUUACAUGUGGACGCUGCAUAUGCUGGGAAUGCUUUUAUAUGUCCGGAGUUCAGACACUACUUAGACGGAAUUGAGGAUGCUUGGUCCAUCAACAUCAAUCCAAACAAGUGGAUGCUAGUCAGUCAUGAUUGCAGUCUUAUGUGGGUACGUGAUUCGAAAGCUUUAACUAAGAGCAUGAUUGUCAAUCCGUCAUAUUUACAACAUAAAUAUAACAUGCUCGAUUUUCGUCACUGGGGAAUUCCUUUAAGUCGAAGAUUUAGAGCUCUUAAAUUAUGGUUUGUAAUUCGAAUAUAUGGAGCAACAGGUUUGAGAAAUUAUAUUAGAUCACAUGUACAACUUGCAAGAUACUUUGUGAAUAAGGUGAGAGCAAAUAACGCUUAUGAAAUUGUCGGUAAUCCAGUUAUGGGACUUGUAUGUUUUAGAUUAAAGGGAUCAAAUGAAUUGACUCGAUGUUUAGUUCAUCUUAUUAAUACGAACCGGGAAAUUCAUAUUGUACCUUCGAUGGCCAGAGAUAUCUAUUUUAUUCGAUUUUCUAUAAAUCAUGAAAAGGCUUGUAUUGAACAUAUUGAUUAUUCGUGGUCGGUGAUUGAAAAAACAUCCCGAAAAUUACUAACCACUCAAGUGAGUAUUGCUUUAUUUUUAACUGAACAGAUUUAAGAAAUAACUUUUGAAAAGCCCUUAGUUCUCUCUACUAGAUACAAAACACUUGCCUAACAACUUUAGUAAAACUGUAAUGAACGAGAACUUAUGUGGGGACGACCGAAUAUACUCGAAUACACAAGUACGGAAUUUCUCGGUAAAAUAUGAAAACUAUACGUUCAAUACUUCAUUUGCAAACUGUCUAUCAAUUGUCUCAAACUUCAUCCUUCCUUCAUUUCGAAAACAAUUAUUCUCAGUCCCCGUUUUCGUCGAUUCGAUCUUCGCAACCUUCUGCUACCAGGCAUUUCACUAGACUGAUGUUAUAUACUACUUAUGCCAACAUAAGUAGCACACAUCACAAAACCAUAACAGCAAAGCUAGUUAGAUAGAACUUCUGAUUUCUAUGUUGAUCAAAUUUCUGUCUGAAUGUCUAUUGUUAAUCUGUAUACAAGUAAAUAUGAGCCCUAAAGGCUCAUUAAAUAAUGAUUACAUCAGAGAUUAAUAUCAACAUCAAAGAACCCCUCUCCUUCCAGUAUCAAUGACAGGACUACUUUCAACCGUACACGGUCUGUUUUAUCCUGUAAGGAACCUGUCAGUAAGAAUGCAACUGAAGAAUUAUCCUAUUAGAACAGUAUCAGUGGUUUUUAACCUAAACAAGCUAUAGAGAUAAAUAAUUUGAAACAAUCAAGUCAGAUGAAUCACUAUGGAUGGCAAAUUUAAUAUCUUCACUAUUGGCUACACGUGAUACAGGAUUUUUAUGUAAAAUAAGGGUUUUCAUAAGCGGAAUGAAAUUGUGGGAAAAAAUGUGACAUAAUAACAAGAGUGAAGGUCUGGGGGAAGAUGCUGAAGGGAUACAUUCCUACCGAAGUCCCCAAUUAUCGAUUACGAUAAUAAAAUGAACCUAAGUCAUUUUACUAUUAUCUCAGACAAACAGAUAAUAUCUUCAAAUAUUGAUAGAGUCGUGACUCGACAGUACUUGACAUUCUCUUGACCUACUCUUAUGCUAUCAUUGUAUUUCAGAGUAGGCAGUGAAUCAGAACGCAUAAGAAUCGUAGUAACUAUACCAGUUGAUGAAGGUUCAUAACACUAAUAGAUUAUCCAUCUCUAAAUAAUGGUCUACGUUUUAAACCCAGUGUUAUUCUUCUGGAGACUUCAAAUUAGACAAGUAAUGCAUUUACGAUAUCUGUGAUAAAAUGUUAAGAAUCUAUGCACAUUUGCUACCUCCAUCAGCCAAGUUACGUAGCCGACAUAUGCCCCGUCUUCGAAUAUAUGUGGGAGUAUUUUUAAAAAUCAAGCUAAGUUGUUGUUUUGCUCGGCUGGAAUUCGACAAUACAAGGAGCUUUGAAGGAAAAUUUAAAUCCCAUUUCUAUAAACAACAUUUAUCUAUUAUGAAUAUGAAGCGAAAUUCAUACAUUCCAAUAAAAGCUGCAUCAUUUAGCGAUGAUCACACAUCAUCGAAUUCGACCAAAUUAUUCCAACGUAGACAUGGAUCUACGUCUGCAGAGGAAUCAGUCAGUUGAGUGGUGAAAUUUUUCAGUAAACAAAUGAGAUUCACUGAAAACAUGGAAGAAUUGUACACUUAAAAAAUAACGUAGAGACAAAUUUUAAUAAAAGUAGUGACAGUAAUAGUAAUAAUGAUAAUAAUAGAUCAACUGAUUGUUGACAAAAUGAUGUUAUUAAUAGCACAGACAUAUCUAAACUAUAAUAAUAACAGUAAUAUUGUUGUAUGAACUUUGUUGGACAUAAAAACAACGUUGAUAAACUUUUGUAUUUUAACAACACAAAGUUAUCACAUAUUAUUAAUCAUCAACUUCCUAUUCCUUGUUGUUACACAUUAAGUUUUUCAUUCAAGAUGAAUUGAGUUCAAAUGAAUAGUGAACUAAACAAUCUCACAAACUUAUUUCAUGUUGAUAUUCAGUUUAUCUUUUAUUCCUAAUCCAUGGUGUAGCGCUUAAAAUUUAAAAAUAUAUCUGACUCGUUGGUUAUAUUUAUUUGUCAUCAUUUGAAUAAGAUAAAUAAUAUAUUGUUAUAAGAAAUUUUUUAUGUAAUUAUCAUCAAUGUUGACUUAUUUCGGUCCAGUUGAUUAGUCGUGGAGGUUAGUUCAAAGGAAGAGAUUAGCUUUCAUCACUCUCAAUACACCUAGCUACAAACCAAGGGGCAAAAGACAGUUACUCCUUUUUAAUUUGAGACUCCUUACUAGCUAACACUGAUGACCCCAACAGAGAUCGAACACAAAGCAUCCAGGCCUCCAAGUGAGACCCCAAUAAUCAUUUAGAUAACCGGGUCGGAAUUCAACUUCCAACUUGCAUUACAGCAGAAAAAUUACCUAGCAGUUGUCUAGUUGAUAUCCGUCAGUGACUAAACCGAUAUCGAUACUCAAAUUUUAUCAAUUAGACAACAAAAAAAUAUUAUAUUUAGUGAAGAAUUAUAAAAAAGCAAACAUCUAGUUUAAUAUUUUAUCUCACAAAGUAAAGCCAAAUGCUUGAAGGCUACUCCAUCGCCAUUACAUACUGGUUAGAUAAUUACCAAACUCCAG